CACCCCGCGCCCCCCCCCCCCCCCACACCCUGCCCAACCGCCCGAUGGGCAGCCGUGACGAAGCCCAGCCUUCCGUGGCUCAAGACCCCUUCGCCGCCGCGGCUCAGCCCCUCCUCCUCCCACCCGCCGCCGAUCUCGUCGACCCCUCUGCCUCUUCUCCUCCGUCUCCCGACGAGGACUCCUAUCCCCCGAUAUCCUACCACCACGGCCGCCGGCCGAUCCGUGACCUCCCGGCACUCCUCCUCUUCCUCCUCCUCUCCCUCGCCACCUUUGCCCUCGGCAUCGCCGCCGUCGCCCGCCGCAACCCCGCUGCCUCCCACGCAUCCUCCUUCGUUUACGACCGCUCCACCUCCUCCUGCGUUCUCCCCUCCUCCAAUUCCUUCUCCUCCUCUUCUUCUUCCACUUUCUUGAAGGAUCUCAUCUGGACCCUCGUCGUCACGCUUCUCCUCGCUGGCCCCAUCGCCCUAGCUGUCCUAUGGCUCCUCCGACAUUACGCCAAGCAGGUGGUCUACGCUUCCAUCCCCUUCUUCAUCGUCAUACCCUCCUUCCUCAACGUCUACUGGUUCGUCGCAUGCGCCGUCGGCCAUGACUGCCGCCACGCCUUCCCUCUCGCCUACCGCAUCAUCGUCCUCGUUUUCGUCUUCCUGCUCAUCGGGAUUUUCCUGUGGAUUAUCGUCGCCAACUUGCACCGCAUCGAGCUCACAAUCCAGAUCGUGCGAGUCGCAGCGACGGCGCUCGCGAGCAACAUCGGGCUUCUUGCCGUCCUUCCAUUACUGGGGAUCGGGCUGCUUGCUUACUUUUCGCCAAUUAUCGUGUUCCUGGUGUUCUCGACCUGGAACGGGAGGGUGGUGCCGAGGGAGGUCGAGGGGACAAGCAAGGAGUAUUACAAGUGCGUGUGGAAGCAGGAGAGUUGGGUGCCUGCUUAUUUUGCUAUCGCCAUCAUAACAAUGAUUUGGUCUGCCGCGACGUUGAUGGAGGCGAAGGUGUACGUGAUUAGUGGCACUGUUGCACAGUGGUACUUCAACAAGGAGGAAUCGAGGCCUACUAAAAGCAUAAGGAGUUCAUUGAGGAAUGCUUUCGGUCCAUCAUUUGGCACAGUCUGUUUUUCAGGAAUGACAGUGGGUGUUGUACGUGUUGUUCGUGCUAUUGUAGAUAGUGGAAAGCAAGAUGAAGGAGCUCGAGGUUUCAUAAACCUAAUUCUCAAGUGCUGUGCCAAUUUCGUGCUGGCAGCAAUUGACUUUGUCAACAAAUUUACCAUAAUUUUUGCUGCAAUAACUGGUGAAGGCUACUGUUCAGCUGCUGCGAUGACAUAUGAGCUUCUAAGAAGGAAUCUCCUCUCUGCUGUUUUUGUUGAGACUGUCUCCACACGUAUACUGAUUGGAAUAAUUUUCGUCCUCUCAGCAUUUUAUGCUAUAGCUGAUGAACACCAUCAGUUGUUUGCAGAAAAGGCCUCCUUGCUUGCAGGGGUAAGGCUGUGAUUGGCAGAAGCUUUGUGCACUGGGCUGCUUCCUUACAUCAUUGUUUCAGAGAAUAAUCAUAUCUAUUGUUUGGUGAUGAUAUGGCAACUUUCUUCAUCCAUGUGUCGUAUGUGUGUUUGCUUGUGGGGGUCUGUUUUUCCCCCUUCAGAGGGGUUCCAUAACUUUGCAAGCCCAAUCUUUGUCUAAAUUAGAAUAUAUUUUAAUGAUGUGCUUGAUGCCUAAUUAACUUGUUUUCUAGAAAUGGGUGGGACUUAUGCCUAAUUUUCACCAGGUUACCUUGUGUAUCCUGAUCUACAGUUAAUAAUCAAGAGAAUUCUAACCAAUAAUGGUCAAUACAGUGUAAGUUUCCAGCAUACAAAUUACAGCAAUUUAAAAUUUUGAUCUAUAAUAUACUUUUAUAUUACUACAGCAAAUCCCACUGAUACAGAGACAAUAAAACGAGUGCCACUGCUAAUAGAUCAACAAUCUUAACAUUUAUCCUUCAUUGGAGACUAUCAUCUUUUAUGGUGCCUUUGUCUCAUUGUGCUGGCUCUUGCUGUAUCACAUGCCAUGUUCCAGAAGGAAAUUUGAUAUUAUUGGAUUCGACCCACAUGAGAUUCUAGUCUAUCUUGUUGUUUCUCCAUUAGUCAUUUCAGCUAAAAGUUGCCUGCUUAAGGUGUUAUUAAUUCUUAUGACAAAAGCAUAUGCUUUACUCAGGUCUUCCUUUUGAAAAUUCAAAAAUUUCUUUUUAUUCUGAUCAUGUUUUUUGUUUUACAAUUUUUUUUCAUAAUUUAUAGUUUCAGUAUUCAUUUUGGGCUUCUCUUCUACAUUUUUUUGUUCGGCCAGAAAGGUAAUUCAAGCUUGACUGGUUACUCCCCUUUUAGGAGCUAUAUGCAUUUACUCGGUAAAUUAUGCAAGAUCUUUUGAGUUACUGUCAUCAUGGAAGAUACUUGGAGAACAUGACAUGCAUUAUUCUACAGAUUAUGAUCCUUUGAUAUUUGAGAAGAACAAUGACACCUCAAACUCUCAUUAGUGCCUAAAGAUGUGAAAGCAACUGUGUGAAUAGCUUCAAUCAUACUAAAAUUAUUUUUGAAGGGACCUAAGAUCUCAUGUCUUAUUAUACUAAAUCUGAAUUGAGAAGCCGUGAGGAUCCAUCACUAGCAACAUGUGCCAUAUUGUUGGAGGUGGCUGGUUGUCUUGUCAUUGAUUAAUUCACAGCAUUACCCAUUUACUUACCCCAAGAUGCCAAUGGUUGGCAUGGUCUGGCACGAAUCCUUUGUGCUCUGAUCAAACGUAGAGUGAUUACACAUGAACUAUAAUCCUUUUGGUGAAUUUGGCUCACUAGCAUGACUUUUGGAAGUUGUUCCAAGACCAUAUCUUCGAUAACUAUGCUCCAUGAGAUUAGUUUGUUUGGAGUUAAAUGUGCCUGUUUUCCUUUCUG